UGGCUGCGCGGAAUCUGCAGGCGCCACCGCCGCCUCUCUCCUUCUCUACCUCGGCCGCCACUGUCGUCGACCUCCCUCUCCCCCGAUCCCCUGCCCCACCGACCCCCAGUUCCGGCCGCGCCACCCGCUGCGACAGCCACCUGGGGAUCCGAGCGAGGGGCGGCCGUCUUUGCUGGAAGGAACCAUGACUUGGCAUUUUCCUUUCUUCCUCUUGGCCACAGUGACUUUGCCCUCCGUGUUUUCCCAGUUCAACCCUCUGUCUCUCGAGGAACUAGGCUCCGACAUAGGGAUCCAAGUUUUCAAUCAGAUCAUCAAGUCGCGGCCUCAUGACAACAUCGUUGUCUCACCCCAUGGGAUUGCGUCUGUCCUGGGGAUGCUGCAGCUGGGGGCCGAUGGCAGGACGAAGAAGCAGCUCACGACAGCCAUGAGAUACAGUGUGAAUGGAGUCGGUAAAGUGCUAAGGAAGAUCAACAAGGCCAUCGUCUCCAAGAAGAAUAAAGACAUUGUGACCGUGGCCAAUGCCGUGUUUGUCAAGAAUGGCUUUAAAAUGGAAGUGCCCUUUGUUACGAGGAACAAAGAUGUGUUUCAGUGUGAAGUCCGGAGUGUGGACUUUGAGGACCCCAUCUCCACCUGUGACUCCAUCAAUGCAUGGGUGAAAAAUGAAACCAGGGGCAUGAUCGACAAUCUGCUGUCCCCAGAUCUUAUCGAUGGCAUGCUCACCAGACUGGUCCUUGUCAAUGCUGUGUAUUUUAAGGGUUUGUGGAAAUCCCGGUUUCAACCUGAGAACACAAAGAAGCGGACAUUCAUGGCACCUGAUGGGAAAUCCUAUCUAGUGCCAAUGCUGGCCCAGCUCUCUGUGUUCCGGAGUGGGUCUACACGCACCCCCAAUGACUUAUGGUACAACUUUAUUGAACUGCCCUACCACGGGGAGAGCAUCAGCAUGCUAAUUGCGCUGCCCACCGAGAGCUCCACCCCUCUGUCUGCCAUCAUCCCUCACAUCAGCACCAAGACCAUCGACAGCUGGAUGAGCACCAUGGUGCCCAAGAGGGUGCAGGUGGUCUUGCCCAAGUUCACAGCUGAAGCACAAACAGAUCUGAAGGAGCCACUGGAAGUUCUUGGCAUCACUGAGAUGUUUGAUUCAUCAAAGGCAAACUUUGCAAAAAUAACAAGGACAGAAAAUCUUCAUGUUUCUCAAAUCUUGCAAAAAGCAAAAAUCGAAGUUAGUGAAGAUGGAACCAAAGCUUCAGCAGCAACAACUGCAAUUCUAAUUGCACGGUCAUCACCUCCCUGGUUUAUAGUAGACAGACCCUUUCUGUUUUUUAUCCGACAUAAUCCUACAGGUGCAGUCUUAUUCAUGGGGCAGAUAAACAAACCCUGAAGAACAUAUAAAAGAAACCAUGUAAAGUGAUGAUGACUUUGCUAUGAAGAAAACACUCCUUUCUUACAUCUUUCAUAGUUCUGUUAAAUAUUUUUGUACAUUGCUUUCUUUUUCAAAACUAGUUCUUAGCAACAGACUCAAUAAUGCAAGCAUUUCUGUUCUGGGAGGCAUUAGAAGAAAGGGCAUGGUGGCUGGAUCACUGUAUUGAGGAAUGAAUAGAAAGCCUUCAAAGAUGUCUAAAAGAUUCUUUAAACUACUGAACAGUUACCUAGGUUAACAACCCUCUUGAGUAUCUGCUGUUUGUCCAGUUCAGGAUUUUUGUUUUGUUUUGUUUAUAUGUGUGGCUUUCCAGGAGAAAUUUAAUCAAUGUGAUAGAAAAGGGGAAAAAAUGACAUUUUUAUGGUAGUUUUUAUGUUUUUAUGGAAACAUUAUUUGUCUUUUUAAUUCUUUUUCCCACCUCCAUCCAAAGCCUUGAUAGCAAACAUUAUGAUUUUGGGGGUGGAAAUAGCAAAAUCUUCAGCCUCUGUGUGUUUUUUGUUGUUGUUUAUAUAAUGCAUGUAUUCACUAAAAUACAAUUGAAAAAACAAAUGUCUUGCUAGACAAGGUUUGCUGUUGUGCAGUGUGCCUGUCACUACUGGUCUGUACUCUCUGGAUUGGCAUUUUUGUAUUUUGUACAAAGUAAAAAUAAAGUGUUAUGAGUAGUAAAAA